CCACCCACUGCUUUCAGCUUUCCAUCUUCCAUUUCCACCCUCUUCCUCACGCAUCCGACGCUAUAAAAUCCAAUCCAACCCCGUGCAAGCUCCAAAUACCAUAGCCCUCCUAGUCCUGGCAGCACCACACUCUCGCGCUCCUCUCGGGCAGGGAAAAAAAAAGGAUCGGUGUGGUUGCGCCUAGCUUCCCGCGAAGCGAGACGUCACGGGCGUAGCGUAGUAGAGCUAGCAAGCCAUACCAUACAUAUCCCACCGAUUCCGAUCGGCAUGGCCGGGAGCGCGAGGUCGGCGGCCGCGAAGCACGCGUACCGGAUGUUCGUCGCGCCGUCCAGGGGCGGCGCCGCGGCGAGGGGCCCCGGCGCCGGCGCCGCGGAGGAGUUCGACGAGUCGGACGUCUGGGGCUCGUUCGGCGCGGACUCCCAGUACUCCAGCCCCGGGGCCGAGCUGGGCGCCGGCUGGGCGCGCCCGAUCCCCGGCUCCGGCGCCAGGCGGAAGAAGCCCGUGGACGGCGGCGGCGGCGGCGGCGCGGCGGGGUCGCUGCCGAUGAACAUACCGGACUGGCAGAAGAUCCUCGGGGUGGAGUACCGGGACCACCACCGCGCGGGCGAGUGGGAGCCUGGCGCGGACGACGACGACGACGACGACGGCAGCAGCUACGGCAGGGCGCGCGGCGGGGCGGAGAUGGUGCCGCCGCACGAGCUGGCGUGGCGCAGCCGGGCGGCGUCGCUGUCGGUGCACGAGGGGAUCGGCAGGACGCUCAAGGGGCGCGACCUCAGCCGGGUCCGGGACGCCGUCUGGAAGAAGACCGGAUUCGAGGACUGAGCUAGCGCUGAUCCACCGCCAUGAUCGGGUGUAGGUAUCGGUAGGUUAGAAAAACGAGCAGUGCUGCUAAGUGCUACUAAUUGCUUUAUCUCUCGAUCGACUUCUCUUUUUUUUUCUUGCUAUCACUUUUCCUUUUUCCCCCUUUUGCGUUGCAUGCUUAAAAGGGGAGAAAGUCGAGGUAGUAAGCUUUUUUUUCUUCUUCCUGUUUUUCGUUCGUGUUGGUGCGAGCUGGAGGGUGGGGGUGUGUGUUCAUUCAUGGUGUGACAGUUUUAAGGGCACCUGGAAAAGAGAGAGAGAGAGAGGACGAACAGUACGAUCGAUCAGAUGGUUGAUCCAUUAUAUUAUGUUUUUUUCUUCUUUCGAUAAUGGAAAAAUUUUCAAUUCUA